AUAGCUGUGCCCACUGGUCGCUUCCUAUUUGGCCCAGGGGAGGGGGCAGCUGGGGCCAGCAGUGUCAGAAGCCCAGGGGUGAGGCCACCCUCCUAGCGAAGGAGGAAGGAGGCUCAAGUGAGACGCCACACCACGCCACGAGGACUGUGCUCCCCAGGAGGCAGCCACCCCUCCCUCCCCAUCCGCUGGAGCUUCCACCACCGACCUGUCUGGCGGGCAGGGCCAGGUCUGGGCAAGUUGGAGGGGGCGGGAGGCAGCACCCAGGUCCCCGCCCUGUUUGCAGCACCCAGGCCUCUUGAAACCCUUGCCUGGGCUCCCACAGGCCCUAGGCAGAAACACGGAGGGCCCUGGAGUGACAUCCGCCCCCAACUCCAUCCGGAGAAGGAAGAGUCCCACAGCUGGGGCUGUGCAGGCCCUGUGAUGUCACCCGGGGGCCCGUGAAGCGCCCACCAUGGCCAGGUCCCUAACUUGGGGCUGCUGUCCCUGCUGCCUGACGGAGGAGGAGAAGACUGCCGCCAGAAUCGACCAGGAGAUCAACAAGAUUUUGCUGGAACAGAAGAAACAAGAGCGGGGGGAAUUGAAACUCCUGCUGUUGGGGCCUGGUGAGAGCGGGAAAAGCACAUUCAUCAAGCAAAUGCGCAUCAUUCAUGGUGCCGGCUACUCUGAGGAUGACCGCAGAGCCUUCCGGCUGCUCAUCUACCAGAACAUCUUCGUCUCCAUGCAGGCCAUGAUUGAUGCAAUGGACCGGCUGCAGAUCCCCUUCAGCAGGCCUGACAGCAAGCACGCCAGCCUGGUGAUGACCCAGGACCCCUACAAAGUGAGCGCGUUCGAGAAGCCAUAUGCAGUGGCCAUGCAGUACCUGUGGCGGGACGCGGGCAUCCGCGCAUGCUACGAGCGCAGGCGUGAAUUCCACCUGCUGGACUCCGCGGUGUACUACCUGUCACACCUGGAGCGCAUUGCAGAGGACAGCUACAUCCCCACUGCGCAAGACGUGCUGCGCAGUCGCAUGCCCACCACAGGCAUCAAUGAGUACUGCUUCUCCGUGAAGAAAACCAAACUGCGCAUUGUAGAUGUUGGUGGCCAGAAGUCAGAACGUAAGAAAUGGAUCCACUGUUUUGAGAAUGUGAUUGCCCUCAUCUACCUGGCCUCCCUGAGCGAGUAUGACCAGUGCUUGGAGGAGAAUGAUCAGGAGAACCGCAUGGAGGAGAGCCUCGCUCUGUUCAGCACGAUCCUAGAGCUGCCCUGGUUCAAGAGCACCUCGGUCAUUCUCUUCCUCAACAAGACGGACAUCCUGGAGGAUAAGAUCCACACCUCCCACCUGGCCACAUACUUCCCCAGCUUUCAGGGACCCCGGAGGGACGCAGAAGCCGCCAAGAGCUUCAUCUUGGACAUGUACGCGCGCGUGUACGCGAGCUGCGCAGAGCCCCACGACGGUGGCAGGAAAGGUUCCCGCGCGCGCCGCCUCUUCGCACACUUCACCUGUGCCACGGACACGCAGAGCGUCCGCAGCGUGUUCAAGGACGUGCGGGACUCGGUGCUGGCCCGGUACCUGGACGAGAUCAACCUGCUGUGACGCGAGGAGCCCCAAGCGGACGUCCCUAAGGGACGCGGUCGUGGAGAGGACAUGGCUCUCCCUGGUGGCCGUGCGCGGAACUGAACUGCAGGUCGAGGAGAUGUCGCAUGGGGAAGCCAGCCCACAGGAGUCCCUGCUCCCCACCGGGCCUCCAAGCCCAGCCCCGCUGUAAUUUAUUCCCUCACCCUCCUUCUAGUUGUUAGAGAAAGGACGUGAGCCCGGUCUUUAACCCCAGCGCUCCGGAGACAGAAGCAGGAGGAUCUCUGUGAGUUCCAGGACCUUUUGUCAAAAACCAAAAAACAAACAAAACCGGAUAGAACUGUCCGGGCCCUUGUGUCUUCCCAGGGUCCAUGUCCACGUCCGCCUGUGGGGAUCACUCCAUCUUACCGAAGGGGAAACCUAGGUCGGCGAAAUGGCUGGUGAAGGCGCCUUGCCACCUAGCCUGACACCUGGAGUUCAGGACCUAUUCGGUGGACAGAGGGAACUUACCUCUACACCUACCCACACAGAUAAAUAAAUGUAAUUUAAAAACAAAA